UUCCUCAGUUUCAUUUCACACCCCUGUAGCUGGACGACGCUCUCCCGGCCUGUCCGUCCUGUUCUCGCUCUCCUCCAUCUGCUGCGCGCGGCUACAGCUAGCUGCGAGACAAACCGGGCCUUUUCCCUCGCUCCCCCGCCCUUCCACACGAGCUGCGUCGUCGUCGUCCUCCCGAGGUAGCGGCCGGUCGAUCGAUCCAUGGGGCGCGCGCCGUGCUGCGAGAAGAGCGGGCUGAAGAAGGGGCCGUGGACGCCGGAGGAGGACGAGAAGCUCGUCGCCUACAUCAAGAAGCACGGCCAGGGCAACUGGCGCACCCUCCCCAAGAAUGCUGGGCUCGCGCGGUGCGGGAAGAGCUGCCGGCUGCGGUGGACCAACUACCUGAGGCCGGACAUCAAGCGCGGCCGCUUCUCCUUCGAGGAGGAGGAGACCAUCAUCCAGCUCCACAGCAUCCUCGGCAACAAGUGGUCAGCGAUCGCGGCGCGGCUGCCCGGGCGGACGGACAACGAGAUCAAGAACUACUGGAACACGCACAUCCGCAAGCGCCUGCUCCGCAUGGGCAUCGACCCCGUCACCCACGCCCCGCGCCUCGACCUCCUCGACCUCUCCGCGCUCCUCAAGCCCGCCGCAUACUACCCCACGCAGGCCGACCUCGACGCGCUCCGCGCCUUCGAGCCGCUCGCCAGCUACCCGGACCUCCUCCGCCUCGCCUCCACCCUGCUCUCGUCGGGCUCGGCGGCCGCGCCCGCCGCGAUCGGCGACCAGCAGCAGCUUCUGCCGUGGCUGCUGCAGGCGCAGAUGGCGCAGGCGGCCGCCAUGGCGCUGCCGCAGCAGGCCGACCAUCAGUUCAUGUCGCAGCAGCAGCAGCAGGCCGGAGCCGCGUGCCAAAUGCCGGACCUGGUCCACGCGAACCCGAUGGUGCAGCAGCAGCAGCUGGCGGCCGCCGCGCAACAGCAACAGCACCAGGACAUGGCCGCGGCCGCCUGCAAUAGCAUGCAGGCGCCACCGUCCGGCUACGUGGACGGCCUGGACGUCCCGGCGCUGAUGCAAAUGGUCCAGCCCGACGCGUCGAACCUGCAGCAGUGGAGCAGCACGGUGACGAGCAGCAACAACAACAACGUCGGCUCCGGCGUGUCCACACCGUCGUCCAGCCCCGUGGCGGCCGGGUUGAAUCACUCCGCCGCCUCCACCGCCACGACGUACGGCGGCGGCGCGAGCGCCAGCAGCGACGCCGCCGCGCUGUUCAGCAUGCAGCUGUCGGAGCUCCUCGAUGUGAGCGACUACAUGUAACACACCCAGAAAAUCCCACGGGACCCGACGAUCCGUGGAAGCUAGGUCCAAGUCCAACACUUCAUCUCGUACCACCGCAAGGAGCGAACGCAUCGAAAUCUAUGUCAUCAUCAGGGACGCAUUUUUGUACAGGAUUAUUGUUGCACCUCCUUUGUGCCAGUUCGUUCAUGUGGUUACAGUUAGAAGCUUCAGUUCCCUUGAAUUUCUUUCUCUCGGCUCACUGUAAUUCUCGUCGUUUCAAUUGGACGUGUGGUGCGUGUCAGUGUGGGGAACCACGGCGAAGGUGUCCUCGCAUGAUUGGUGGAGGCGGCCGCUGUCGCUCUCGCUCGCAUCACCGCCUUGUCCCCAGCGAAGAAAAAUUAGGGUUGCUUUUCUUAGAAUGCUACUAGUUUAUUCACCCUUGCUUUC